AGGCGCUUCGGUCCGAAAAGUGUGUCACUUGUUUGGCGAAUUGUUCAUGGCACAUGCGCUGCCUUUUGGUUGCGUGCGCGUGCUGGGCAGCGGCCGGGCACAGGCACGCCAAAGCCACAAGCGCUUGCGAGGAAGUGCGAUUUCCCACGGAACGGGUGCCAGAACGGUCGGGGCUUCUCUAUCUGCUGGCGGCGACCGAUGACCGCGCCAUGAAUCCACACAGUGGGCGGUACUUUGAGCAUGUGAAUGUUCGGCAAAGAUGGACCAACUUAGGCGGUUUGGUGUAUUGGCAGGAUGCACCUGGGGCUCCCUGGAGAAGUAUGGAUAUGCAGUCCAACAGCACCGAUAUCAACAACAAAUUGUGGUGGGCGUCGCAACGGGCAUGGUGCUCUCAAGGGGAGCGAGAGUGGUGUCGCGUGGUUUUAUGGCACUCUGAGCUGUGGAAGGGCCAGCGCUUCUACUUGGAAUUCGCCUGCAUCCCGGACUUGAUGGGCCACGAGCUUUGGUACGAGGGCGGCCCGUCAGACCCAGAGCUGGUGAGCUAUGCCUGGUCGCUGAUCCAGGCAAAGGGCGGCGGCCUGGAGAAGUUCAACUUGGUGCAGGUCCCGACUGGGCCGAGUGAGCCGUGCCCCUGGGGGAAGGAGGAUUCCUGAUAGUCCACAUCGUCGGGGAUUGAGCAGCAUCCCUUCAGGUCUGAAAUCACUUGCAGUAAGAGGUGGAGAGACCCGGCGGCGAUCUUAUUUUUUGACGCAGUGAUGGCCUGUCCGGUGUGAACACCUUUAACCAGAAUAUGUCUUCGGCAGUUUGCGCUGGAGAAGAGAAGACGGGGCAUACCGGGACCAAUGCGUGAAUCUGCCAAAGUGCAGACUUAGACUCACGGCCAUGUUUCAUUUUGUGCGAUAGGUGAGACUUGCCACGGUGCUUAGCGAGAUCCGAUCGCAACUGUG